CCGGCCGCACGCAUGAGCCCGCGCCGUCCUGAUGGAGUCCUGGCUGGGCCUGGCCGGCCUGCCUGCCUGCCCUGGGGGCCCAGCGGGGGCACCGAGUGGGGCCCGGCGUGAGCCCCGCGUGAGCCCGGCGUGAGCCUCGACGCCCCGCGGGGGGUCCACCGGGCCUUGCGCUGCAAGCGACGCCCGCAGCUCGCUGCAGCGCGCUCUCCUGCGCCUGCCAAACCCAAUCGUUUCGCCACGCGGACCCCCUGCGCACUCUUGGGCAGACACAACCAGGGCUGGUGCGCACAUUGUUCGAGAGCGCGCACGCUGGAGCCGAAAGUCAUCGACAGAAUGGACGCCGUCUCCUGUGGAUCCGGAUGAAGAUUUGAUCGGGGAGGCAAGAGAGUAGAGAAACCGAGAGGCACCCGUUCUGGUCUUGAGCCGUCGUGAUGCCUUUCGGGCUGGGCUGGACCAACGAUGACUGGCUGGAGGAGCUCACUGGCAACAUCACCUUCACCAUCCCAGGCGGCGGAUCCUGGUGCGACCAGUGGCGGGACCCGCAGAACAUCCUGUACCACAUCGCCAACACGUGCUUCGCGCUGGCCUACGUGGCGCCGACCAACAGCAAUGGCGAGCUGUUCAUGCAGUCCGCGCUCAUCGUCGGCUUCAUCCUCUUCUCGGCCUGGUCGUGGAACUCGAUCUGCGCCCCUGACGCGUUCUCGUGGAACUUUGGCUUUGCGCUACUCAAUAUGCUGCAGCUGUUCCACGCCGUGUACCGGCUGCGGCCGGUCAAAUUCGACCCCGAGCUAGAGGAGGUGUACCGGAACCUCUUCCAGCCAUUUAAGGUGACGCGGCUCCAGUUCAAGAAGCUGGUGAGCGCCGAGUUUGCGCAAGUCAUGUCGCUGCACGCCGGGGAGGCGUACGCCAUGCAGAACCUGACGAGGACCGACCGACUGGGGCUGCUGCUCUCCGGGAAGGUCAACGUCAUGUCGGACCACCAGUUCCUGCACCCAAUACUGCCUUGCGAGUUCCUGGACUCGCCGGAGUUUGAGUCGAGCAGAGCCAACGUAGAUGACAAAUUCAAGGUGUCUAUCAUCGCAGCCACGUCGUGCCGGUACCUCUUCUGGCAGAGGACGGCGCUCGAGUACCUGUUCGUCAAGGAGACGUACCUCGCUACCGUGGUCAGCACGAUUGUGGCGAGUGACAUCACCACCAAGCUGUACUCGAUGAACAGCAAGAUCGUGACGCAAAAGGGCUCCCACCUGGACAUCCGCCUGCCCGCGCUCACUUCCUCGCUGGGGCCGCGCGCAACGCCACGCGUGCUGCGAAACCAGCGCGCCGGCAAGCAGCAGCCCUCGCCGCCCAGCCACAGCACCGAUCUGCACGGCAGCCGGGAGCGACUAGUGGACUCACCCGCCAAGGAGAACAACAUAGCCAGGGACAAGAAAUACCAGCAGGGCAAGGUGCCGAACGGUCGGCUGGGCGACAGUCGGCUGCAGCAGGAAAUGGAGCCCCUCAACGAGCUCCCCUCCACGGACGACCUGACCACCAGCGGCGUGGAGAGCUGGCUGGAGAGCAGCUCCAAGUACCACAGCUGCGAGAUUGUGGACGAGUAGACCGGUUUUGUGCUGAAGGGAACAUUAGUGAUAAUAUGUGACCUUCGCUUUGAUAGAGUCGUUUUCAGUUGUCAAUUACUACUAGAGAUAAUAUUGUCUAAUGACCAACCCAUGACUUAAAGAUGAAAGGAAACGGACGAGCAACGUUCAAAAAUUGUUGAUUUCCUCUUUAAGUUUUGUGUUGAUUUUAUGUUAAAAUAUACCUGAUGUGAUACUUUUUAUACAAUAAAUGUAAUUGGUUUA